GGAAAGGGGCGGAGCUGCGGGGUUAGUUGGCAUAGGCUGGCUCCUGCGAGGUGCAGCAGCGCACGUGUUUCAGCCGGAAGCGCCUUAGGAAUCCGGGGGAUGGAAUCCGAAAUGGAAGCGCAGAGCGCCGGGGCAGAGGAGGGCUUUACCCAGGUCACCCGCAAGGGUGGCCGGCGGGCGAAGAAACGACGGGCUGAACAGCUGUCCGCAUCGGGAGAGGGCGGGGAUGCGGGCCGGAUGGACACAGAGGAGGCCAGGCCGGCGAAGAGGCCCGUCUUCCCUCCCCUUUGUGGGGACGAGCUCCUGAGUGGAAAAGAAGAAACAAGGAAAAUUCCAGUCCCAGCUAACAGAUACACACCGUUGAAAGAAAACUGGAUGAAGAUAUUUACUCCUAUUGUGGAACAUUUGGGACUUCAGAUACGCUUUAACUUGAAAUCAAGGAAUGUAGAAAUCAGGACUUGUAAAGAAACCAAGGAUGUUAGUGCUCUGACAAAAGCAGCUGAUUUUGUGAAAGCUUUUAUUCUAGGCUUUCAGGUGGAGGAUGCACUUGCCCUUAUCAGGUUGGAUGACCUCUUCCUAGAGUCUUUUGAAAUUACAGAUGUUAAACCCCUAAAGGGAGACCAUCUAUCCAGGGCAAUAGGAAGAAUCGCUGGCAAAGGAGGAAAAACCAAAUUCACCAUAGAGAAUGUGACACGGACGCGGAUAGUUUUGGCUGAUGUGAAAGUUCACAUCCUUGGCUCCUUCCAAAACAUCAAGAUGGCAAGAACUGCCAUUUGCAACCUAAUCUUGGGAAAUCCUCCUUCCAAGGUUUAUGGCAAUAUUCGAGCUGUGGCUAGCAGAUCAGCAGAUCGAUUGUGAUUUCAAGUCAGAGACUUUUUAUCUUGCCUUUGGACUCUGGAGAAAAAUGCUUUAUGAGUGGUCGGUCACAAGAAACCGUCUGAAGAAUUUCAGUCAUUUGAGGCCUCCGUCCCUUCUUCCAUUCUCAGCCAGAAGCAUAAACAGAAAAGAAAGAUUUAAGAGUAUUCACACUCAACAGGUUUUAGAAUAAAUUAAAUAUCAAAAAUUGAUUCUAUUAUACUUACACAUUAGGUAUAAUUUAUCAUUUAUCUGAAAUUACAUGUAGCAGAUUACAUAGUCUGUAAUCCUCAGAGGGAAACUUCUUUAAAUAAGAAGUUAAAACAGCUCUAUAUGAAUUUAUACUUUUAUAUUUAUAAAUUUAUAACUUCAUAAAAAUGUAUAAACAUUUUCUUCUUUAUAAUUGUAAUUUAAUAGAUUAUCUCAGAAAAACCUCUCUGAAUGAUAACCCUUCCUUACUACUGGGUGAUAUGUAAAUAUUUGUUGGGGGACAGGGUCUCACUUUGUCACCCAGGCUGGAGUGCAGUGGUGUAAUCUCAGCUCACUGCAGCCUCUACUUCCUGGGUUCAAGUGAUCCUCCUGCCCCAGCCUCCCUAGUAGGUGGGACUACAGGUGUCCACCACCAUGCCUAGCUAAUUUUUUGUAUUUUUUGUAGAGAUGGGGUUUCACCAUGUUGACCAGGCUGGUCUCAAACUCCUGACCUCAAGUGAUCCAUCCACCUCGGCCUCCCAAAGUGCUGGGAUUACAGGCAUAAGCCACUGUGCCUGGCCUUGAUGUGUGAAUAUUUGAGAGGUCAUAAGCAGUGGUUUUGGCUAUACUGUACUACACCAUAUACAUCAAUAAGAGCUCAUCUUGGAACCUGUUUUGCAGUUUUAAAAAUUAAAGACCUACAUCACAGGGUUGAUGUGAAGAAAGUUUUAUUUUUCAAAUGAGUAUUUAAUGAAAGUGUACAUAACCAAUGUUGGGUAUACAGAUGCUUCUCAACUUACAAUGGGUUUAUGUCCAGAUAAGCCCAUUGUGAGUUGAAAAGACCAAACGUCGAACAUCACAGCGUAGCCUACCUUAAAAGUGCUCCGAACACUACAUUAGCCUACACUUGGGCAGAAUCGUCUAAUACAAAGCCUAUUUUAUAAUAAAGUAUGUUGAAUGUCUCACGUAAUUUUUGAAGAUUACAUUCAAAGUGAAAAACAGAAUGGUUGGGUACUUGAGGUACAGCUUCUACUGAAUGAAUAAUUCUAAAGUUGAAAAAUAGAACCAUCAUAAGUCUGUUUCCUCUAGUAAAGGUGAGAUAAAUGUUUUUUCCCACCCAAAAAACUAUGCUCUAUAAAUUCAGAUUCGCUAGUUUCUGCAUGUUUAAAUAGUAUGAUUAUACAUUAUAAAAUGGAAGGAACUUACUUUAUUAAACGUGACUUUGAUACUUCUCUUGGGCAUCUCUAAAACCCUUGAUGAAAACGUAAACUUCAAUGAUGGGAGUAUUAGAAAGUUCAUGUAGGAACUAAAAGAAAAAUUGUUAAGCUUAUUUCCUUUCUAUCAGUUACAUAUGCCACUGUUUUAGUUUGUACAGUACGUGGGAUUGGAUAUACUUAAAUGUUUUUAAAAAUGUGAUUCAUUCAUUAAUGCUUUAUCCAACUGGAAAUUGCUGAGUAUGUCCCACCUCCAACUAUUGUUUUAUCCUCUGGCAAUAGCAGCAUGGAGCAAGGAUGUGUACAAUGGUAUCAGAUCCUUUUACUCAUACCUUUUUGAAAAAGAGAUUUGGGACUUUUUUUAUUCUGGAGUCUGUACAGGUUUCCAAAGGUACUUGCCUGCCUUUGUCCUUUACCCAGGAAGUUAAAUUCAAAAUUGUGACCACUUCAUUUACUUUCCUGGGGAAUGGGUCCAUGCCUGUAAUCAGGUUUUCCAAGCACUUGGACUGAACUGAACCAUUGCUAGGUGACCAUAAAUGUUUUGAAUCGACUUUGAAGGAACGGAGGAGGCAGGAAGUUAAAGAAGCAUCAUUUCAACUGGGAAAAUAUGGGUUAUCUGUAUUAAAGGGAAAUAAUGUUUUGGUAUUAUCCAAAUUACUUCCUUUUGAAGAUUUCCUAUGUAAUUACAACUAUCAGUAAUACAAGAGA